AUGGACCGAGUCUUGGCUCGUUUGGAUGCUGCUUUGUUUCUUCAGAUUUGGCAGCACUUUGACGUUCACGACCAGGGCCAUGUGGAGCGGCAGGAUCUGGAGGAGUUCUUCCGUCUCAUGCUGCAGAAACUGGGACUGAAGAGGGAGGAGGUGACGGAGCAGAGGGUGGAGGUCCUCAGGGAGAAGGUGCUGUCUGCAUUUGACCCAAAAGAGGAUCAGCUGCAGAUCCAGGAGGUGGCAGCGCUGUUGCUUCCUGAGGACGAGAACUUCCUGUUACUGUUCAGACGAGAGACGCCUCUGAACAACAGCGUGGAGUUCAUGAGGAUUUGGAGAAACUACGACCGUGACAGCAGCGGCUUCAUCUCUGCUUUGGAGCUGAAGGGCUUCCUUCAGGACCUGUUUGUACAGCACAGGAAGUCCAUCAGCCCUGACAAACUGGACCAGUACACCAUCUCCAUGAUGAAGAUGUUCGACAAAAACAGAGACGGGCAUUUGGACCUAGGAGAUCUCGCCAGGAUCCUGGCUAUGAAGGAGAACUUCCUACUACGCUUCCAGAUGGAUGGCUGCAGUCUGGAGGAUCGUAGGAGAGACUUUGAGAAGAUCUUCGCGCACUAUGACGUGAGUGGGACAGGAGCUCUGGAGGGACCUGAGGUGGACGGCUUUGUCAAGGACAUGAUGGAACUGGUAAAGCCCAGUAUCAGUGGUUUGGAGCUGGACUGUUUCCGGAAGCUGCUCUUGAAUCACUGCGACUUGAACCGAGAUGGAAAAAUCCAGAAGAACGAACUUGCCUUGUGUCUGGGAAUAAAACUGUCCUAACACCUACUCCUGUCUGCUCUGAUCUGCUCCUCUGAAUCUUCUCCUCUGGAUCUUCUCCUCUGGCUCUGCU